CAUAAAAUCAAGCUUCAGUUGAGUGAGUGACCGACUGAGGGUCACGCACAUUAUUUUCAAUAGUAAACAAUAAUAAUUGAUAAUAAAAAUAAAAAUGAUUACUCGUUGGCAUUGGUGUGUGUUAAUUUGUGUUAACGUGUGUUAUGCAGUUUUGCUAAAAGAGUGUUCAGGCAUAGAUGGAUCAUUCGAACACACAUUGCCUCGGUUUAGUAAAAGCAUCAUACCCGAUAUGAAAGGUAAAAUAAAAGGCGACGCGGGAAAAAUUGGAGUUAUUGGCGGAUCUACUGAAUAUACUGGUGCCCCGUAUUUUGCAGCAAUCUCCGCACUUAAGGUCGGAGCAGACCUAGUAUACGUUAUAACGACAGAAAAUGCAGCGCCAAUCAUAAAAUCUUACAGCCCAGAUUUGAUUGUGUAUCCUUACCUUCAAAACAAUCAUGUUGCAAAAAUCAGUGCACUGUUGAGGAAAAUGGAUGUCAUUGUUAUUGGACCCGGUUUAGGACGAGAUGACAGCACAUUGAGAUUGAUAUUUGAUAUUAUAAAGACCUGCAACGAUUUAACUAAACCACUGAUCAUCGAUGCCGAUGGUCUAUAUUUUCUAUCGAAAAAUAUGUUAAUUCUACAGAAUUAUCCCAGCCCUGGGGCAAUUUUAACGCCUAAUGUUCGCGAAGCUGAUAAAUUGAAAGUCGCCGCAAAUAGUAGCACUUGGUUUAGAAUGUGGGGGGAAAAUGUGUCGGUUCUUGUAAAGGGAGAAGAAGAUAAGUUUUACUCGAGUAAUUCCUUGUUAAAUUGGUCUUCCGCUGAGGGGGGUACAGGGAGACGGGCGGGUGGUCAAGGCGACAUAUUGUCAGGGUCACUAGGUACCUUUUUCAAUUGGGCUAUAAAAUCUAGACUCUGUGAAAAUAAUGAUUCUGUCCAUCUAGCACAUAGUGUCGCUACGUAUGCUGCAGCAAAAUUUACUAGAGAAUGCAACUCGAAGGCUUUUGAUGUUCAUGGCCGGAGCUUGACCGCGUCGGACAUGUUGAAUUACAUCCAUGUUUCGUUUGAUAACAUAUUUAAUGUAAUUUAAUUGAUAUUGCUGGAUAUUUUUUUAUUAAAUGAAUCCAAACUUU